CCGGCUCAGCACCUCGGAGAGCUCCCUCCCCGGCCUUGUUUUGCUCCAGAAUCGCCGCUGGGGGAGGGAGCAAGGGGACCCGGCACCCGGCGUAGAGGCACAGGGAUGGCGGUGAAGGGGUCGAAGGGACCUGGUGGGCAGAGGGCCCAGCGGUGAUCCGGCGAGAGAGCCGGGGCGCCGGGCGGGGUGGGGGGCAGCGGGCGGCGGCAUCAGUGGCCGCACAUCUGGAUGGAAGCGAGCCUUGUCCAGACCACCAUGGCUCUGGGGCUAUCCUCCAAGAAAGCGUCUUCCCGCAACGUGGCCGUGGAGCGUAGGAACCUGAUCACCGUGUGCAGGUUCUCUGUGAAAACCCUGCUGGAGAAGUACACAGCAGAGCCCAUCGAUGACUCAUCUGAGGAGUUUGUUAAUUUUGCAGCCAUUUUGGAGCAGAUCCUCAGCCACCGUUUCAAAGCCUGUGCCCCAGCAGGUCCAGUGAGCUGGUUCAGCUCAGAUGGGCAGCGGGGCUUCUGGGACUAUAUCCGGUUGGCCUGCAGCAAAGUGCCCAACAACUGUGUGAGCAGCAUCGAGAACAUGGAAAACAUCAGUACUGCCCGAGCCAAGGGUCGGGCAUGGAUCCGGGUGGCACUGAUGGAAAAGCGCUUGUCAGAAUAUAUCACCACAGCUUUGCGGGACGUCCGGACUACCAGGCGGUUCUAUGAUUCUGGAGCCAUCAUGCUGCGGGAGGAAGCCACUCUCCUCACCGGGAUGCUGAUAGGACUGAGCGUCAUCGACUUCAGCUUCUGCCUAAAGGGCGAAGUUCUGGACGGGAAGACCCCUGUGGUCAUCGAUUACACGCCCUAUUUAAAGUUCACCCAGAGCUACGACUACCUGACCGACGAGGAGGAGCGGCACAGCGCCGAGAGCAGCACGAGUGAAGACAACUCGCCUGAACAUCCCUACCUGCCGCUUGUCACCGACGAGGACAGCUGGUACAACAAGUGGCACAAGAUGGAGCAGAAGUUCCGCAUCGUCUAUGCGCAGAAGGGCUACCUGGAGGAGCUGGUGCGACUGCGCGAGUCGCAGCUGAAGGACCUGGAGGCGGAGAACCGGCGGCUGUUGCUGCAGCUGGAGGAGGCUGCAGCACAGAACCAGCGCGAGAAGCGGGAGCUGGAAGGCGUGAUCCUUGAGCUGCAGGAGCAGCUGACAGGUCUGAUCCCCGGUGACCACGCCCCCCUGGCCCAGGCUUCCAAGGAACUCACAACACCCCUCGUCAACCAGUGGCCCUCGCUGGGAACACUCAAUGGGGCCGAGGGUACCAGCAACUCCAAGCUCUACCGGAGACACAGCUUCAUGAGCACUGAACCGCUGUCAGCUGAGGCCAGUCUGAGCUCUGACUCCCAGCGCCUGGGAGAGGGCAAGCGGGAUGAAGAGCCCUGGGGCCCCAUCGGAAAGGACCCCACGCCCUCCAUGCUGGGCCUCUGCGGCUCCCUGGCCUCCAUCCCCAGCUGCAAGUCCCUGGCGAGCUUCAAAUCCAACGAGUGCCUGGUGAGCGACAGUCCCGAGGGCAGCCCAGCACUGAGCCCCAGCUGAGAAGCGGCAUGGGCAGUGCCAGCCCCACCUGCCAGGGGCCAUGGACACCUGCCACCUUUCCUUGAAUCCCCCAGUCCAGGCUGCCCUUCCAGAGAACGCUGCCCACCCAGCCAGGGGUCUCUGAGGAAAGAUAACCCCUGCUUCUUGCCUGUUUUAGCUUCCUGCCCAAGGAGGCAGGGGCUGUGAAGGGAAGCAGUGGGGUCAGGAGGCAGGAAGACCAAGGCCACAGGGAGUACCUCGGGGAAGCCACUCUAUUCUUCUGGUGGCCCUGAUACCUGGCUGAAUCCCUCUGGACUCUCCUUUGCUCAUCUCCCACUCUCAAGAGCUGGUGGCCCAGCCUUCGCAACCCUGCUGCCCUGCCUCUCUGGUCUGUCCUUGUGUACCCUCUGGAGUCACUCCUUUCUUGGCCCUCACAUGGGGGUCCUGGGGGGAUCAGGCAAAUAAAAACCA